AUGUUUGUAUACUUGAGUAAAAAAAUAGCAAUACCAAAUAAUUUUCGACUCAAUUGCAUAGCAUGGAAUCAGAAGGAAGGUUAUAUAGCAGUUGGUGGAGAGGAUGGUCUUCUCAAAGUACUCAGAGUAGAUUCCAGUGUAAGUGGAUCUAUCAGUGGUGGAAAGUCAAGAAACUUGACUGCUGCCAGUAAUUUAAGCAUGAACCAGACUUUAGAAGGCCAUAAUGGUCACGUACAAGUAAUCACAUGGAAUGAGCAACAUCAAAAACUGACCUCAAGUGAUCAAAAUGGUGUGAUUAUAGUUUGGAUGUUGUAUAAGGGUUCUUGGUACGAUGAAAUGAUAAACAAUUGCAAUAAGUCAGUGGUUAAAGGGAUGGCAUGGAGUUUGGAUGGUCUAAAAAUUUGCAUUGUGUAUGAAGAUGGAGCAGUAAUUGUAGGUUCAGUCGAUGGCAAUAGAAUCUGGGGAAAAGAACUGAAAAAUGUAGCUCUUGCUGCUGUGCAAUGGUCCCCAGAUGGAAAACUACUAUUAUUUGGCAUAAAAAAUGGAGAAGUACACCUUUAUGAUAAUCAAGGUGUAUUUUUAACAAAAUUAAACAUGAUACCGAUUAAUGGUAGUCAGAUACAAACAAUAGUCUCAUUGCAAUGGUAUGAUGGAAGAAAUGGGUAUAUUGGCUUAGACUGUCCCACCUUGGCUGUUUGCUACAGAAAUGGCAAAAUACAGCUAAUGAAGGAUACCAAUGAUGAUAAUCCAAUAGUAAUAGAAACUGGUAUGACAACAGCAUGGUGUUGUUGGAACAGUUGUGGAUCUAUAUUAGCUGUGACAGGGUUAAUACCAUUGCUAGGUAAUGGUGAAACAAAGGAUACCAAUGUCGUUCAAUUUUACAGUCCAUUUGGUAAACAUUUGAGGACUCUAAAAGUACCUGGCAGAGAAGUUACAUGUUGUGCAUGGGAAGGAGGCUCUCUCAGAGUGGCUUUGUCAGUUGAUUCGCACAUUUAUUUUGCAAACAUACGUCUAGACUACAAGUGGACUUAUUUCAGUAAUACUGUUGUCUAUACGAAUGAAAAGAUCAGUAAAGAUGGCAUUUGUAUUAUGUUUUGGAACACCACUAAUAAUACAUGCUGCACUAAGUAUGUGAGAGCAUUGAUUUCCAUAGCUUCACACGGAGACCACUGUGUUUUGGCAGUGAAAAAUGAUCUUACUCAAGGAUCAGAGCAAUAUGCUCUUCUAGUGUGUAACACAAUAGCCUCUCCAAUAGACACGAAGUUCACAAAUUUAGAGCCACUAUGGGUAACCAUGAACAAUAAUGUUGUCAUCACAGCCUCCAAAAACAAUUUUUUAGUAUGGAGCUAUCGCACACCUCGUAAUUCUAUGUUACAUGCAGGCCGGCUUAGAAGGGAUAAGAUUUACCACAUUGACGAAACUCCAACUGGAGUGACGGAAGUUAUUCAAGAUUUGGACAAAGAUAGAUCGUUUGAAACACCUAUUAAUACUAAAGUUACUAUGGACCCAAUUUGUUGCUUGUGUGCAACUGAUAAGGUUCUGUUAAUAGGUAGAGAAUCAGGGAUGAUUCAAAGGUACUCCUUGUCUCAGAUCACUCUUACAAACAGAUACAACACAGGUUGUAAGCUUUACAAAAUAGCAAUUAAUUGUGAUUCAUCUCGAGCGUCUAUUAUGGACACAAGCGGCAUGUUGACUAUGUUGGACUUAGAGACUGACUCAAAAAAGAAUGUUUCGAAGGAUGUAGAAUCUGAGGAUGAAAUAAACAAGUUUGAAAGAAAGGAUGUGUGGGCCAUGUGCUGGGCACAAGAUAAUCCAGUUCUGUUAGCAAUCAUAGAGAAGACAAGGAUGUAUGUUCUGAGGGAAUUUGAUCCUGAAGAACCAAUAUCUUGCUCUGGAUAUAUCUGUUCAUUCCAAGAUUUAGAAAUACGUUGCGUUUUGCUGGAUGAUCUCAUGCAAAAGCCAGAGGAUACAAAGAAUGAAUUAAUAGUAGAUUUAGAAGUGAAAUCUUUGAGAGACACCAGAGAAUUAUUAAUGAAAGUAGGAUUGAAAGAAGCCAACAAUUUUAUACAAGAUAAUCCACAUCCAAGACUAUGGCGUUUAUUAACAGAAUCAGCUUUGCAGAAGUUGGAUUUGGAGACUGCAGAGAACGCAAUGGUGCGUUGCACAGAUUAUUUAGGCAUACAAUUCAUCAAACGUCUGCAAAAUGUACACAACGAUCAGCUCAAGAAAGCAGAAGUAGCUGCAUUUCUUGGAAACUAUGAUGAAGCAGAAAAAUUGUAUUUAGACAUGGAUAGAAGAGAUCUGGCUAUUACAUUGCGUCAGAAGUUAGGAGAUUAUUUUAGAGUGGUACAACUGAUGAAAAUGGGUAUAGGAGGAUCUGACAAGCAAAUGGAGUAUGCUUAUAACAAGAUUGGUGAAUACUAUGCUGAGAGACAGAACUGGGAAGGUGCAAAGGAGUACUAUGAAAAGAGCAGGAAUCUGGAGAAGCUCAUAGAAUGUUAUUACAAACUAGAAGACUUUAUUCAAUUAGCAGGAACAGUACAACAGCUACCAGAUAAAAGUCCUCUCUUAAAAACAGUAGCAAGAAUGUUAGCUUCUGUAGGAAUGUGUUCCCAGGCAGUGGCAGCUUAUAUAAAAUAUGGAGAUGUGAAAUCAGCUGUGGAUACCUGUGUUCGUUUGAACCACUGGGACCAAGCAGUUGAAUUAGCAAAGACCUACAAGAUGGCUCAGAUAGGAGAACUAUUAAAUAAAUAUGCUAAUCACCUUCUAUCUAAUGGCAAGAGAUUACAAGCCAUAGAGUUAUAUAAAAAAGCAAAUUACAAUUUGGAGGCAGCAAAACUGUUAUUCCAGUUAGCAGAGGAACAAGCAAGGACAAGAACAAAUCCAUUGCGUGUGAAGAAGAUCUAUGUUCUAGCAGCUCUGUUGAUAGAAGAUCACAUCAAUAGCACUCCAGCUACUAAAGGAGGUCGUAGCAAUAUUGUGAUGGGUUUAACAGAGAACAGUGAAGACACCCGUGUGAUAGAAAAUGCCUGGAAGGGUGCUGAAGCAUACCACUUCCUUUUAUUGGCUAAUAGACAGAUAUACUCAGGGAACUUUGAUGCAGCUAUGAAAACAGCUUUAAGACUCAGAGAAUAUGAGGACAUUCUGCAGCCUGAAGAUAUUUACUGCUUGCUUGCUCUAUCUAGUGCAGUUAAUCAUGCUUUUGCUGUAUGUUCUAAAGCGUUUGGCAAAUUGGAGUCUCUAGAGACCAUCUCAGAGGCAGUAAGAGAGGAAUAUGAGGAUUUAGCUGUGGAUAUAUUUACCAAACAUAUUCCAGAAGAUGUUCGUAAUUCCAAAGCAGAAUGCACCAAUUGCGAGAGCCUGGUGCCCGACUGGUGCGUCGCCUGUCCUAAUUGUAUGACCAGAUUCCCUCCUUGUAUCAUCACUGGAAAACCGUUGAUGGACUUAAGCAAUGCGUGGAUCUGCACCGUUUGCAGACACCAUGUUGCCACGGAACGCGACGUGGUUAAUAUUAACGCUUGUCCCUUGUGUCACGGCACGGUUACGUAUAUGUAG